UUGCUACUCCAGCUGGACCCUGGCAACAUGACCUCCAAUUCCCAACUACCGACACCACAAACACAUUGCCAAACCGACACAUCUCCGCGACAAGCUCCAUGACGAGCUCAAUUUGUCUGGAUCCAUUUCCAUGACGACUCCUCGUGCGCCUUGAGCAGUCCUGAACAUGGCGACAUCCACUACCACCACCACCACCACCCUUCCGGCCUCCGUGCUGCCCCCAAUGACGGCCUCCGAGCUCAAGACCCGCCUCAAUACGAGCCUCUCCAAGGUCGGCGAGAAGACAGCCUUUGCCUGUGGCGAGUACCACGCCGGCCUCCCAAAUCCAGGCCUCUCCAUCCACGGCUACGGCGAUGUCGGCCUGCCCCUCUCGUCCCGCGACGCCGACGCCAUCAUUGCCCGCUGCAAGCAGAGCGCCUUUGGAAAGGGCGAGCACACAAUCGUCGACGACUCGGUCCGCCGCAGCUGGGAGCUUGACCACCACCAGCUCACCCUCCGCAACCCCCGCUGGCCCGCCGCCAUCCGCGGCCUCGUCCCCGUCAUCCACAAGAAGCUCGGCCUCGUCUGCGCCGCCCACCACGUCCGCGCAGAGCUCUACAAGCUGCUGCUCUACGAGGAGGGCGCCUUCUUCAAGCCCCAUCAGGACUCGGAGAAGACGCCCGGCAUGUUUGGCACCCUCGUCGUCGCCCUCCCCUCGUUUCAUGCCGGCGGCCAGCUCGCCCUCCGCCACGCCGGCGAGACCAUGGAUUUCAGCACUGCCGAGACCUCCGAGUUUGACUUCUCCUGGUCCGCCUGGUACGCAGACGUCUUCCACGAGGUCAAGCCCGUCACCAACGGCUUCCGCCUCGUCCUCACCUACAACCUCGCCAUCGACCCCAGCCACGCAGCCACGCUUACUGCCCCGCCCUCCGACAGCGUUCACCAGAACAUGCUCCGGCAGACCCUCCGUGACUGGUCCGCACGGGUCGACCGGGGUGAUAAGCUGCCCGUCUGUCUUGUCCAGAAACUCUCACACCAAUAUACCCUCGCCAGCUUGAGCCUCGAUAGCCUCAAGGGUGCCGACCGUGGUCGCGCCGAAGCCCUCAAGACUGCCGUCGAGGCCACAGGGUCUGUCCUCCUCCUUGCAACCGCACAGCUCAUGGUCGAAAAGGACGAUGAGAAUGACGACGAAAUCGACCGCACAAAGACCCUCCAGGACCUUCGAACGCUUGACGGCAAACAAAUUCCCGAUGUUGAACCAGAAUACACCGCGGAAAUUGCGCUUGUCCAUCACGAUUUUGACGAGGACGAAGCCGACGACGAGGAACACUCGGGGUUCACGGGCAACGAGGGCGCGACCGCCACAUACUGGUAUCGUGAAGCGGUCUGCAUAAUCAUCCCUGCGUCCAAUGUCGACGCCUUCAUGAUCCAGGGACACGAAGGCUGGAAGUGGGCCACCAGCCAGGUCGCCAAGCUUCUGAAAUCAAGCGGCGAUGGAGCGUCAGAAAAGGAACGGCUUGUGCGCCUGUGCAAGUACAUCACGAAGCGAGCUGCCGACGAGAUCGCGUCUCACGCCAAGGGGUACGCGAUGCAGUACUGGCAAGGAACUCUUGGCUCCAGAGACGAAAGAAAAGCUUGUUUGACCCAAGUGGCUCACGCAGCCCUCGUGCUUGACGUCUUGCCUGUCUACGAUAGUGCGGUCGAGCUGGGCAUAGUUCCGCCCCAGGAAUGCUUCGAGCGGAUGGGCGCAAUGAUUGCCGAGAAGCACAAGGAUGACAUGCGAUCCAGACUUGCCACUGCUCUAAAGCUUGUGCCUUCGGCCGAGGAGCGUUACAUCCGGCUCGAGCAUGCGCUGCAAGGUUUUGACAGGACACUUUCGCCUCCAAAUGACCCGAGCCGCAAAGGCGACCGCGAUACUCUCGAAGCCGAGUGCUGCACCACGGUAUUGGAGGCCGAGGGCCAGAUGAGCAAGGAGGAUGGAACUGCCGUUGCUCAGAUGGUUGCCAAACUUUCCGCAAGCGCCGAAACCAGCAGGACCGAAUUGGUGCGAAUCCUUCUCACAAAGUCUCUGGCUGCUCAGGCUGGUUUCUGCCUCCGCUGGGCGGACCGAGUAGACCCGACUCAGUGCAGCGACGACGACUACUGCCGGGUGCUAGUCUGUGCCUUGAACGGUUUCUGGUCGCAGUUCGGGUCGUCCAGCCUGAAUGGCGGCCUCGUCUCGAAAUCCGGCACCGAGUCGGUUGUGCCUUUCAACAGCACGGAACUCGUGCAGGGCAAAGACAUCGCUCGGCUAUUGGCAGCGACAGUUGAUCUACAGCGGAGUUCGAUAAACCAUGACCAGCCAGCAUUGCAAUUGCAGCAAAAUAUUGAGCAGAUCCUGGCGAAACUGGUCGACAUGUCUGCAGCCAUGGAGGCUUGCGACCUGCGCGCGGUCUGGGUUCCCUUUGCCACCCUCGUUGCAGCCAAGGAGGUACCGUGCCUCCUGACGCCAGACAACCGAUACUCUGACGCUGCCGUCAAGAUUGCUCAGAACGUAGUACGGAUCUACGUGACCGUGGAUCUGGGCGUCAAGCCAACGCAGCCAGUGGACUGGACCAAACCACGAGUGGGAGGGUGCAGCUGCAAGGACUGCGAGGCUGUAGACCAGUUCCUCGCCUCGCCGACAGAGCAGGUUGCGGAGUUCGCACUGGUGCAGGAGCGUCGCAAGCACCUGGAUUACAAAUUCGAGAGUAAUGGCAACAGCAGGAGAGGCUACCUCUACUGCACGCGGACGCCAAGCGGCGAUUACUCUGUUGACACGGUCAAGACACGUCUUCCGCACCGCUGGCGGAUUACCAAGAACCACAAGUCGUACAACGAGAAGCUGGCCUCGUGGAAUGCCAGGGCCAAGACAGUGCGGACGGUGCUCUCGGGCAUGGGCAAGGGCCAAACCCUGGCGGAGCUGCUCGGCAUCGACAUGGAGAGGGCCAUUGCGCGGGAAGACUGGAGCGCCCUCUUCACAGAUAUGCAUCUCAAACAUCAAAGUGUUCCGGAAUCGCCCGUGGGAGGACAGCCACUGACACCAGCUCGUCAACCCCUCUUGCCAUCUUCUGCAGCCUUGAAUGGCAAGCGCCUUGCGCCUGGUGGCGGGUUUGGGCCGGGGCAGUCAUCGAAACGCGUCGCGAGCUUCGGGUCUAUGCCGAGGGAUAUGAGCACCGACGUGAUUGAUCUGACUGACGACUGAGACUGGACGUUGUGUCGGCGGGAUCGUGUACGAGAC